AUGGCGCCCCCAGUCCUCCUCGUUCUUGGUGCAGGAUCCAAUGUCGGGCUCAAGGUAGCCAGAAAGUUCGCGUCGCAUGGAUUCAAAGUUGCGGUGGCCGCUCGCAACCCCAGCGACGAAGUCUCGAAAGCGGGUGAUCUAGUCGUAAAGGCCGACUUUGCAGAUCCUUCCGCUGUAUCAUCCGUCUUCGAGAAAGUCAAAGCCACACUUGGCAUUCCCAGCGUCGUCGUUUACAACGCUUACUCGGCACAUGCAUCUCCGGGAGGCCUGCCGCUCGCCGUCCCCAUUGCAGAUUUCAGCAAGGACCUGGUGGUCAACGCCGCCAGCGCAUACGCAGCGGCGCACGAAGCCGUCAAGGGCUUCGCUCAGCUCCCCGCGGACGCGUCCAAGACGUUCAUAUACACGGGAAACAUCCUGAACGUGAAGCAGCUGCCCAUAUUCGCGAGCCUGGGUGCUGGCAAAUCAGCGACGGCGCAUAUCGUUGAGGCCGCGACUUUGACGUACGGGAACAAGGGCUUCAAGUUCUAUUACGCUGACGAGCGUACUGCAGAUGGCGCGCCGGUUGCGUCAGCGAUUGAUGGGGAUGCCCAUGCAGAUUUCUACUAUGAGCUGUCGCAGAGUCCGAAGCAGCAACCUUGGCUGGCAACGUUCGUAAAGGGCAAGGGCUACGUCGAUUUCUCCGCCCAAGAUCGUGCAUGA